AUGACUUCCCAUAAUUUCCUUCUUGGUCUCCUCCUUUUGUUGGCAACUCUACUAGCUAGAGUUUUUGCCUCUGAUGACUCCAACAGUUCACCAAAUAUGUACCCAUUUACUUGCUUUGAUUCAGAAGAUAUCAAAUUUUGCAAUGCCUCACUGUACCAUACCAAUGUCGACAGUGUCCAGAAAGAACAACUUGCUUCCAUUUAUGGAGUCAACUCGUCUGAGAUCACUUCUGUUUCCUAUGCAAGCCGACAAGACUAUCUUGUAAAGGUACCAUGUUCGUGCAAAAAUAUCAGGGGCACUAUAGGAUACUUCUAUGAUGCAAUCUACAAAGUAAAUCAAAACGAAACAUUUUUGAAUGUUUCAUCUCAGACUUUUAAUGGGCAAGCUUGGAGGAUUGAAGAUGAAGAAAAAUCAUUUGCUCCCGGAAAUGACUUUCCUAUGCAUCUUCUGUGUGCGUGUGCAAAAAGAAAAUCUCAAAUUGUGGUAACAUAUACUGUUCAGCUUCAUGACACAUUAUCAGAUAUUUCUACCAAGCUAUCAGCUACAGUGGAUGGCAUACAGAACAUGAAUGGUAUUCUGAUUAAGAACCCAAAUUACAUAGAUGCGGGUUGGGUGUUGUUUGUUCCCAUGGACGGUAAACCAGCCUCUAGAAAAGGAAGGAGACACAUUUGGACAAUAAUCGUCGGCGUACUAUCUGCCUUGACAGCACUUUCGAUUAUCACAUUGCUGAUUCUCCUAUUUAAGCGAAAAAGAUGCCAACUGAAAAGGGAGGAGGACUUAAAGCCGGUAUCCAAAAGCAUGAGCACGAACAAAGCAUUUUCCUUGCAGAAUCUGUACAAGGGAAACACGGAAGAUGGGGCAGUUUUUGAAUCAGAAAGACCUGUCAUAUUUGGUCUAGAGGAGAUUGAAGAGGCUACAAGAAACUUUGACGAAACGAAGAAAAUCGGAGAGGGGGUUAUGGAAGAGGUUGCAGUCAAGAAGAUGAGAUCAAACAAAUCCCAAGAAUUCUUUGCAGAGCUCAAGGUCUUAUGCAAAAUCCAUCACAUCAAUGUGGUGGAACUACUGGGUUAUGCCGGUGGGGAUGAUCACUUCUACUUGAUUUAUGAGUAUGUACGGAAUGGAUCACUCAAUGAUCACCUUCAUGAUCCAUUGCCAAAAGGUCACCAGCCACUCUCUUGGACAGUAAGGACACAGAUUGCACUUGAUGCUGCAAAGGGAAUUGAAUACAUUCAUGACCACACCAAAGCACGCUACGUGCACAGAGAUAUAAAGACUAGUAACAUUCUACUCGACAAGGGACUACGAGCAAAGGUUGCAGAUUUUGGAUUGGCAAAGCUUGUUGAACGAACGAGUGAAGAAGACUUGAUAGCAACACGACUGGUUGGAACACCAGGCUAUCUUCCACCAGAAUCUGUGAAGGAGCUGCAAGUGACUUCCAAAACUGAUGUAUUUGCGUUUGGAGUAGUUCUAGCAGAGCUGAUAACAGGCCUACGUGCACUUAUGCGUGACAACCGGGAGAGUACCAAGAUGAAAUCACUAAUUACAGUAGUUUACAAAAUUUUUGAAGGCCAAGAUCCAGAGACUGCUCUAGCAGAUGUCAUAGAUAAAAAUCUUCGCAGCAGCUACCCCAUGGAGGAUGCCUACAAGAUGGCAGAAAUUGCUGAAUGGUGUUUGAGUGAAGAAGCAAUUAAUAGACCAGAGAUGCGAGAAGUAGUUCAAGAAUUAUCUAAGAUCGUAAUGUCCUCAGUAGAGUGGGAGGCAUCACUAGGAGGGAAUAGCCAAAUAUUUAGUGGGAUUUUUAAUGGAAGAUGA